AUGGAUUCUUACAGGAAAUAUGCAGCUGUCAUUCUGGCCAUGCUGUCUGUGUUUCUGCAUAUUCUCCAUUCCUUCCCUGAUGGAGAGUUUACAAUGCAAGGUUGUCCAGAAUGCAGGCUAAAGGAAAACAAAUACUUCUCCAAACUGGGUGCCCCAAUCUAUCAGUGCAUGGGCUGCUGCUUCUCUAGAGCAUAUCCCACACCAGCAAGGUCCAAGAAGACAGUGUUCGUACCAAAGAACAUCACCUCAGAAGCCACAUGCUGUGUGGCCAAAGCAUUUAUCAAGGUGAGCACUUAA